AUGGAAUCAGUUUCUUUUUCCUACACCACUCGUUCUAGUUAUUCCAACUUUUCAAAUGUCCACUCUAAUGCUGUUUCCAUUGUUCAAGAAGGUGUAGCAGCGGCUGCCUACAGUUUCCGCACUGCUAUCAACAUUGUUAUUUUACCCAUCCUUUGCGUAAUGGGUCUGGCAGGAAAUAUCAUCAACAUCAUCGUCUUGAGACGCUACGGCUUCAAAGAUACCAACAUCAUGCUUCUGGCUUCCUUGUCCUUCAACGACCUCGUCCUGACACUCCUCCACACCAUCAUCAAGGCCGGAGACAUCAUCAAGCUAGUGGAUGUGGAGGCGGCCCUCCGCGUUAUCGCUUUCUCGGCCAUUUACCUCAACGCACCACAUCAGAUACUGGUGGCCAUCAACGUCUGCCACGUGACAACAAUAGCAGUCGAGCGCGCCAUCGCUGUUUGCUUUCCUUUCCAAGCAUCAAGGCUGUUCACUGCACAUAGAAUAAAGUGGAGCAUUUUUGUUAUCUAUGUUUUCCCAUUCUCCAUGCUCACCCCGGCAUUCUUUCUGUACGAGCAUCAAUGGAUCUACAGCCCGAAAUUGAAUAUAAGCAUAGCCAUCGCUGUGGAGACCCAGUUUUAUACGACUAACAAGGAAUCCAUCCUCAUCUACCUCUCCGUGGUUGCGGGCAAUCUAUUUUCAACAGUAGUCCCUCUUGUUAUUAUCGCCUCUUGUGUUAUCGUGAUGUUGAAGCUUCUCCAGAGGCGGUUCAGUUUUCCGGACAAGACUUCCGGUAAAAAGGGGUUGGGGCAAAAAGGGAUGAAGAUGUUAUUCUCCGUAUGUGUGGCGACGAUUCUGAUUUCGGUCCCAGGCAUCAUUCUGUUGAACUACUGCUCCUUCUCUCACUUGACCUCUGGCGACUUGUAUGAUCUUCUGAUGGAUACCAGCCGGAUGCUUUGUCAGCUUCACGCGUCUACAAACUUUAUCAUCUACGUCACAAUGAGCAAUAAGUUUUAUAAAGCAUAUAAAGAUUUGUUGGGCUGUUCCGGUGAAAUAAAAAAAUAA